CCGCCUCCGCCUUGAGGUCAUGGCAAACAACAACGCCUCCUUUUUCCGAGCCUGGCUUGAGCAGGAGGUUGCUCGGAAAUGGCAGCCACGCCCAGGGCGGAGGGAGGGAAGAAAAGAGGCAAUUCGGAGCCCAAAACAGAGCCGCAUCCUCCCACAGCAUCCCUCAAGCGGAGCCGAGAAACGAAAGUAGCGGCGCAAAAAGAGGGACGCGAUGCCGAGCCGAAGGUGCCACACGGACUGCGUGGAGCGGCCUCUCUCGCACGCCUUGCGGGCCCUGGGCGCCUGCGUGGGCUCCCACCCGUGGCCCUUCCUCCUGCUGCCCUUGGCGCUCUCCGCGGCGCUGGGCGCGGGCUUCAUGCACCUCAAAGCCCGCGAAGCCAACGACAUCGAGGCGCAGUUCACGCCCAUCGGGGGCCCUGCCAAAAACGAGCGGAGCCUGGUCCAGAAGGACUUCCCCACCAACGACAGCCAACGCUUCUCCGCCCAAAGGCUCACCACGGAAGGUUCCUACGCCGCCCUGAUCGCCGUGGGAGAGGGCUCCAUCCUCACGCGGGAAGCCUUCGCGGAGCUGCUGGCGCUGGACAAGGCGGUGCGGGAAUUGCGGAGCGAGACAGGGCUCUCCUUCGAGGAGGUCUGCGCCAAGAUCGGCCCCGACGGGAACUGCAGCAGCCCCAACCCGCUCCUGAGCGCCGUCCAGGGGGAUCCAGCCCGCAUCGAGGCGCUGCUGCCCAACUUGACCUUCCCGCUCUUCAUGGGCCGCGUCCCGCUGGGUCUUUUCCUGGGCGGCGUCACUCUCGACCCCGGCGUCCCGCCCGCCCGCCCCGUCCGCGCCGCCAAGGCCGUGCGCCUCCUCUACUUCCUGCAGGAAGACCACGCGGGACCCAAGGAGGAGAGCCAGCGCUGGAUCCACACCUUCCUCCAGCGCGCCCCGCAGCUCCUCCGCUCCUUGAACCUCACCUCGCUGAAGGUGGCAUAUUUUACAUCACUGUCUAGACAGCAAGAGUUUGAAAAAAACAGCAAGGAAGUGAUCCCUUUCUUUUCCAUCACAUAUACCUUAACGAUAUUCUUUUCAAUUAUAUCAUGCUCAAGGUUUGACUGUGUGCGAACGAAAGUGUGGGUCGCAGCUUUUGGAGUGCUGUCCUCAGGCUUAUCUGUGCUCAGCAGCUUUGGAUUACUGCUGUUUUGUGGGGUGCCGUUUGUCGUCACAGCUGCAAAUGCACCGUUUCUUAUACUAGGAGUUGGUAUUGAUGACAUGUUCAUCCUGGUGUCCUGCUGGCAACACACAAGAGUCAAGGACAGCAUCAAAAAUCGGCUGGCCGAUACUUAUGCAGAGGCAGCUGUCUCCAUUACCAUCACAACACUUACUGAUGUUUUAGCUUUCUACGUUGGAAUUGCAACUUCUUUCCCAUCGGUUCAGUCAUUUUGCAUCUACACAGGAACUGCUUUUGUAUUCUGCUACAUUUACAAUCUGACAUUCCUUGGGGCUAUCCUUGCCCUAAACGGUAAAAGAGAAGAAAGCAACAGACAUUGGCUCACCUUCAUGAAAGUCAAGAGUGAGCCUCAGGAUUCUCAGGGCCAGUUGUAUAAUAUAUGCUGCGUAGGAGGGUCUUUUGAUGAGUCCAGUGAAGCAGAGUCUGAACAUCCCAUGAAUGGAUUUUUUAGAAAGUACUAUGGCCCUUUCCUUGUACAGUCUUGGAGCAAAGCAGUGGUAGUGAUCCUGUAUCUUAUUUACCUGGGAAGUUGCAUUUAUGGGUGUAUACAGAUUAAAGAAGGAAUCGAUCUUCGAAACCUUGCUAGUGACCAUUCCUAUGUCGUCCAGUAUUAUGACUGGGAAAAGGAGUACUUUUCUGGAUAUGGUCCAAGAGUUAUGGUUGUUGUCACUGAAAGUGUAGCAUAUUGGGAUCCAUCUGUUCGUAAAGAUAUUGAGAAUUGCAUGGAAGCAUUAGAAAAUUCAUCUUACGUGGAUGCAAAAUUAUCAGAGUCGUGGCUGAGGGUAUAUGAAGGAGUUGCUCCAAGAAUGUCCAUAAAUCUAAAUGACAGAAAUGUUUUCAUUGGCAAUUUAUCUGUCCUAUUUAGAAUAAAUCCAGAUUAUAAGUGGGACGUUGAUUACAAUGAUACAGAAAUAGCAGCAUCACGGUUCUUUAUACAGACGGUUAAUGUUACUACUGCAGUUGAUGAAAAAAUCCUCUUAAAUGAACUGAGAGAUCUUGCCGAAGGCUGCAAGAUACCACUGAUAGUUUAUCAUCCAGCCUUUAUUUACUUUGAUCAGUACCUUGUAAUAACUCAGAACACCAUUCAAAAUAUUCUGAUUGCUACAGGAGUUAUGUUGCUUAUUUCCUUAUUGCUCAUUCCCCAUCCCAUCUGCUCCUUGUGGGUAACAUUUGCUAUUGCCUCUGUUAUUGUUGGUGUUGCAGGUUUCAUGACCUAUUGGAAUGUGAAUCUUGACUCUAUAUCUAUGAUCAACCUUGUUAUUUGCAUUGGGUUUUCGGUAGAUUUUUCUGCUCAUAUUUCUUAUGCCUUUGUUUCCAGUGAGAAGCCCAGUGGGAAUGAGAAGGCGGUGGACGCUCUCUACCAUCUUGGUUACCCUGUUCUACAGGGAGCUGCUUCCACAGUGUUGGGAGUAGCCGUGCUCUCUAUGGCAACCACAUAUAUUUUCAGAACCUUUUUUAAGAUCAUGUUUUUAGUCAUCUUAUUUGGGGCUGCUCAUGGUCUCAUUUUUAUUCCUGUGUUCUUAACACUAUUUGGCUUUUGCGGUAGUUCGUCACAGAGCCCGUAUCCAGUUAGUAAGCAGCCAUCUGCUAUGGAAGGGUUUCAUACUUCAGAUGGAAAAGGAAUGCCACGGUCUCCUGUACAAUCAGAUCCUGUCUCAUGUUGGAAGUUAGGCAGGUUCAGCCCUAGUUAGUGCAUGAAUGGGGGUGGGGGGUGGGGCUAGCAAUGAAUAACAGGUGCUGAAGGAUAGUUAAGGAUCUGUUAAAAACACCUAAAUAUUCUUUGCUAUAAACCCCUAUGAAAUUUAUAGGCUCACCGCAAGUCAGCAGGUGGCUUAAAACACAUGCACACAAACUAAAACUUUUUGCAUUAAGGAAAUUCAAAAUGCCUAUAAAUGUUUUACAAUUCCAAUGCAAGUUAAUUGCAAGGGAUAUGCACUGUUAACAUGAAUGUUGUCAUCUAGCUAUAUAUUUUUCCGGAAUGUAAUUUUUCUAAAACAUAAUUUUUCUAGGUUGCCAUUUUAGAGAGACUGCAAGAUCAGUUUCUCUCAGGAUAUACUUAGUAUUAUUGUGGAUUAGGGUGUGGGCUUUUGAAAUACCUGCCUGAAAUAAUUCUUUGUUAACAAAAUGUUAUGGACUUGUUCUCAAGAAGAAUAUUUGCUGGAGUCAUCAAAGUUUAGUAAGUGGCUAUAUCUCUAGUAUUAUCUUAGGAUGUUCCCAAAUAAGUCUUAUUUAGGGUAUUCAGGGGGGAAAAUCUAAGGUUUUGUUUUUUUAAUUCUGGACCUAUCAUCAGCUUAAUGUUGGAUAUCAUGUUGACAUUAUGGUUGCCUUCAACGGGCUGUUUGUAAUUAUAAGACUCUAUAAAUGUAACCAUUGUGCCUUGGCACUGAAAGCCUUGCAGGCCACAUAAAAUGACAUGACGGGCUGAAUUUGGCCUGCAGGCCUCACAUUUGACACAUGUGGCUUAAUGUGUAACAUGCAGCACAAAUCCGGAAACCUAACACGUUUUCACUAUUGAAUGUGAAGAUGUAAAUUAUGAUCCUUGGAGUCAGUCCUUUAAUUGGGUACAUGGGUUCACUCAAUGGCACAUUUGUCAGAUAUGUCUAGAAAAUUAGUGAUGUUGUGAUGGAAAUAACUUGAUGUAUUUUCAACCAACUCAUAAAGGCCUCCUCUCAUGUAGUAUUUUUAUCACCAAAGUAGCUUUUAUACAUAUAGGUAGCAUGCCACCUUUUAAUCUGGAUCCAUGCCAUUUACAGCUUUUCUGAGAAAUGAAGAAUUUUUAAAGUAGGUUGUUGUGAGAUUUCCGGGCUGUAUGGCCAUGUGCCAGAAGCAUUCUUUCCUGACAUUUCACCCAUAUCUAUGGCAGGCAUCCUCAGAGGUUGUGAGGUGUACUGGAAACUAAGCAAGGGAGGUUUAUAUAUCUGUGGGAGAAAGAAUUCUAGUAUGUUGGAGGCAAGUGUGAAUGCUGCAAUUAAUCACCUUGGUUAGCAACGGAAAGCCUUGCAGCUUCAAGGCCUGGCUGAUUCCUGCCAAGGAGAAUCCUUUGUUGGGAGGUGUUAACUGGCCCUGAUUACUUCCUUUUCUGAGGGUAUUUCUUUAUUUAUUGUCCUGAUUUUAGAGUUUUUCAAAUACUGGUAGCCAGAUUUUGUUCAUUUUCAUGGUUUCCUCCUUUCUGUUGAAAUUGUCCAUAUGCUUGUGGAUUUCAGUGGCUUCUCUGUGUAGUCUGGCAUGGUGGUUGUUAGAGUAGUCAAGCAUUUCUGUGUUUUCAAAUAAUAUGCAGUGGCCAGGUUGGUUCAUCAAGUGCUCUGCUAUGGCUGACUUCUCUGGUUGAGUUAGUCUGCAGUGCCUUUCAUGUUUUUUUAUUCGUGUUUGGGCAAUGCUGCGUUUGGUGGUCCCUAUGUAGGCUACAACCUCUGAGGUCGUAGACUCACAACCUCUGAGGAUGCCUGCCAUAGGUGUGGAGAGAACAUGUCUAUAUAGCCCAGAAAACUCACAGCAACCUAGUGAUUCCAGCCUUUGACAACACAAUUUUUAAAGUGUUUGUAUAAAAAGAAACAUCCAAAAUGAAUCAAACCAAAGAUUUUGAUAGCUGCUUCCCUAUGAAAUAAGAAAAACACAGUUAUCCCAUGAAAAUUCUUUAUAGUUGUAUGGUUUCUGACAAAUAGUUGUUUUUGUGACAGAAACUGUCAAGGAAAAGAUGAACUUUAGGGAUACAAGUGGCAAGGAUGACAAACAAAAGAACAGAAGAAGAAGAAUAUAUUUUAAGUAGCAUGGUUCUUACUGAUUUCUUAUGUAAAUCAAACGAAUGAGGGGGAAAGCCUUAUUCUACUUACCCAUGGGCCAACUUGGGAAGGAUUAUGACAUCAGAAGAAAUAAUGACAAAGGGUUUUAUUUUGAAUUUCCAAAUCUUGAGAAUAUAUUGAGUGCCUGAUGUAACUAUUGUUAAUGCUUCUAUUUUGUUGAUCUACUUUUUAUUAUUAAUAUAUUUUUGAAUGACUAAAAAUAAGAAUAUAAAAUUUCAACUUACUAGGAAAACGGGCUCUUUGAUAUGUUACAGCAUAUUAGAUUUUAUAAUAUAAUUUAUAGUAAAUAUUUUGGGAAUAAAUUGUGAUUGGGGGGGGGGGGCAGUCCGGUUCUCUUCAUUUGUGUUGUUUUAACAGUUUAUUUUAAUGUAGGACCGGGCUGUGGCGCAGGCUGGAAAGCAAGCCAGCUGCAACAAAUCAACAAAUCACUCUGACCAAAAGGCCAUGAGUUCGAGGCCAGCCUUCGUCUCGUCUCUGUCUCUGUUCUGUGUCAUGACAUUGAAUGUUUGCCUUUAUGUGUGCAAUGUGAUCCGCCCUGAGUCCCCUUCCGGGUGAGAAGGAUGGAAUAUAAAUGCUGUAAAUAAAUAAAUGUAUUGAUAUGUCAUGAUUUUUAUAAUUUUUUUACUGAUUUUAAUGUAUGGUGUAUAUUGUAUUUGAAUGUUUGUUUGUUGCAGCAUUUAAUUAUUGCCAAUCUGGAAGCCACUCUGAGUCCCCUUUAGGGUGAGGUAAAGCGGGGUAAAAUAAAUACAAUUGUAAACCCUUGUACUCUAUCUUGGCAAUGUCGGUAGAGACUUGAAAAAUAAAUUAAUUUUAAAAAACUC